UGAAGAAUGUUCCCCUUACAAGUACAAAAACAAAUGGCUUUCGGCAGCGAAGAAGGUCAAAGAAGGGCGUAAGAAGGAUCAGGAGAAGAAAGACGAAAAUCCAACUGUUCGGAUAAGUAGCCAUGAUACAGAAGAACCCUCAGUGCUGGUCCAGAGCAUCAUCCAGGAUCCAAUCAUAGAAGAAGCAGUUCCAAAACAAGACUUCGACGAAUCGGAGGUUUUCAAACGGGGUAAGGUUUACAAAGGAGUGUACUUACUCUCACUGACGAACAGCUUCAAGGAGAAGCACUUGGAACUGUCCUAUCAGCGCUACUCCCACAGGCAGCGCCAGCGAUCUCUGAUAAUAGUCAACCUCGUGGAUGCCGUUGUCAAGCUAGCUGUGUGUGGGAUCGCAACAGCUGGAGGACAAACGCAAGACCACAAGCCUGAGAGGUGGCUGUGGACCGGUGGAGGUAUUGCUGCCAACAUCACGCUCUGUUCGCUGGGCUGUUGGAAGAGCUUCGCCAACAAUUACCUGCAUUGGGCUGCCUUGGCAACCUGGGCCGUCCUCAAUAUCCAAGGUCUAUUGGGCAAGUGCUAUGGAUUUUCCCCUCCUGAAUAUUUAGUAUGGUAUGUGUUGUUUAUUAUUUUUGUAACAUACUCCAUGCUGCCAUUACCUCUUCGCUGGUCAAUAACAUCAGGAUCUGUUACCUCAAUUCUUCACAUGAUGAUCACAACGACUGUUUUUCUACAGGCAGGAGAGGGUUUUACUUGUUUGUUGAAACAACUAUUCUCAACCUUUCUUAUCUAUGGCGCAGUUAAUUUCACUGGAAUGUAUACUAAGUAUCUAACAGAUAGAAGCCAGAGGAAGGCAUUCUUAGAAACUCAUAGGUCAACUGAAACUAGAUUUAAAACUCAAAAAGAAAAUGAACAACAAGAAAAACUUCUCUUGUCAGUUCUGCCAGAUUUUGUAGCAAGAGAGAUGAUUCGAGACAUUGCAAGUGAAUCUGAGCGGGGAGCAUUCACACCACAUCAGUUUCAUCGAAUUUACAUUCACUGUUAUGAGAAUGUUAGCAUUUUAUUUGCAGACAUCAAAGGCUUCACUGCAUGGGCAAGUCAAACAAGUGCUCAAGAAUUAGUGAGGGUAUUGAAUGAUCUCUUUGCGAAAUUUGACAAACUGGCUUUGGAAAAUCAUUGCCUAAGAAUAAAGCUUCUUGGAGAUUGCUAUUACUGUGUUUCUGGAUUGCCAGAAGAAAGACAAGACCAUGCUUCUUGUUGUGUUGAGAUGGGUCUCCACAUGAUUACCGCCAUUCAAGAUGUACGCAACAAGUUAAAUGUUGAUUUGAACAUGAGAAUAGGAAUUCACUCAGGUUCGGUUCUUUGUGGAGUACUUGGCCUGAGGAAAUGGCAGUUUGACGUUUGGUCCUAUGAUGUGACAUUAGCAAAUCACAUGGAGUCUGGUGGUAUUCCUGGGAGAGUACAUAUCUCAAAAGCAACAUUAGCAUGCCUAAAUAAUCAGUACGAGGUAGAACCGGGAUAUGGUGAGACUCGUGACUCCUAUUUGAAAGAACAUGAAGUAGAAACAUUUUUGAUAAAACAACAAGCACCAUCUAAACCUCACACAGUCCAGCGUGAAAUAUCUCGUACUAGGUUAUGGUCUGAAGGUGAUCAAACAUUGAUAACAGUACAGCAAUUUACAAAUAGCAAAAAGAAAAAGCAAAUGGAUAGUAAUGGUAAUCAUGGUAAUCACACAGCAGAAAGUUAUACUGAAGAUUGGACUCCGGAAAUCCCCUUUGAAAAUUUAAGUGCAACUGGACCAGAACAAGAACGAAGUGAAACUGAAAAAGAAGGAAACCCUGUUAAUCUGAGUUCAGCUGAAGAAGCUGAUGUUAUUAUGGACCAUUGCAUUGAGAUAGAAAGCAAUCAACGGAUGAGGAAAGAAAAUAUUAGUAUGUGGACACUAAGAUUUAAACAGCCUAAAAUGGAAGAAGAGUUCUGCCAAUUGAGAGAGGAUAUGUUCAAAUCAAACAUGCUCAUUUGCUACAUUAUUUGGCUGUUUAUUGUAGCAUGUCAAGCGAUAAUUCUACCUAAAUGUCAACUCCUGCUAGGAUUCGUUAUUUUUUCUACUGUACUUUUAACUAGUGCUGUUCUUCUUGUUAUGGCAGAAGAGUUACCAAAGCUUCCUCAUCAUCUUCAACACAUCCUCAAUAUGCCAUUUUCAGCACAGAUGCUGUUAAUGCUUUCUAUAUUUUUUACAUUAGUUGCCUAUCAUGCAAGACUUGUAGAAAUCACUUCAAGGCUUGAUUUUUUAUGGAAACUCGAUGCACAAAGAGAACUUGCAGAAAUGAGGGAAACCAGAAAAAAUAAUCGGCAGUUAUUACGGAAUAUAUUGCCUGAUCAUGUUGCCCAACACUUCCUUAAUGAUCGUUUAGCUGAUGAACUAUAUUCUCAAUCAAGAGACAAAGUUGGAGUUAUGUUUGCCACCAUUCCAAAUUUUACUGAAUUUUAUUCUGAAGACGUUAACAAAGGAAUGGAAUGCAUUCGUCUUUUGAAUGAAAUUAUCGUUGACUUUGAUGAACUAUUAUCUGAAGCAAGAUUUAGCUCAAUUGAAAAAAUUAAAACUGUCGGAGCAUCUUAUAUGGCUGCUUCAGGAUUGAAUCCAAUUCAUGAGACAGAAGAUGAAUAUGCCCAUGUUUGCUCAUUGGUUGAUUUUGGCUUAGCCAUGAAACAAUCUCUAGAAGCCAUUAAUAAGCAUUCUUUCAAUAAUUUUCAUCUGCGGAUUGGCAUAAGCAGUGGUGCUCUCGUUGGUGGUGUGAUUGGUGCUAGGAAACCUGUUUAUGACAUUUGGGGAAAUACUGUGAAUGAAGCUUCAAGAAUGGAUUCCACAGGAAAAAUGGGAAGAAUUCAAGUGCCUAAACAUACUGCAAUGAUGCUGAUUGCAAGAGGUUAUUUGAUGGAAUAUCGAGGAUUCGUUCCUGUCAAAGGAAAAGGUGAAAUGGAAACCUAUUUUGUUCUCGGAAAAGAAGAAAAAAUACAGGAGACAACAUCUAAGCCAACAUUUCAGCAUGCUUCUCUUGCUGCAGUUGUCUAUGGAAUGGUCCAAGCCAGAAGGCGACAUCUUACAAUGAAACGUUCAAACCAUGGAGGAAGCACUCUGAGUCGAACCAAGUCACAGCAAGCCACUCCUCUCUCAUCAGGACAUCGACUUGUCAAUUUCAGCAGUUUCCGAAUCUCGAAACCCUCCCCUUCCCCUCUUCGACGCAAUACAACUCGUGCAGGUCGGCAGCUCAGUCAGCCUAUUGGAGUUCAAUGCAAUCGUCAACUUUCUGUUGAUCCGACACUUCUUCACUCAGCUCCUGAUACUCGAAAUACCUCUCCUAAUCUUUCACAGGGUAAUGUGAGGUCUAUAUCUAUGAACUUCAGUAACUCAUCAGAACACAGUAGAUGAUAGGCCUUCUUAUAACGGUUGAAAAUUUUUAGUUUAUUGAUUAUGUAUAUUUGUACUUAAUGCUUUAUUUAAGUCAUUGUUGAUCUCGUUGUAUUUUAUACUUUCAUUUGAAUGAAUCAGUGAAUGAGUGUGUUUUAGACUUUGUAUUUAUGUUAAUAGUUAUUAUUUAUUUAUUAUUUUUUAAAUAUUUUGAUUAAAUUGAUUGUUCUUUGAGGUUUAAAGGAAAGUGAAUGUAUGUUAUGGCCUUCGAUUCACAGAUCUUUUAAUUAUAAAUAUACUAGUUAUAAAAAAAAUUUUUAAAAUGUAUGACUCAAAAUAUUAUUUUUGUUUUUCUCAAAAAAUAGUAGUCAUAAAGUUUCUCUUUUGUUGAUUUUAUCUUUUGAUACUUUUAAAUUUUAAUUUCAUAACAUUGCCAAAAAUUGUUAAUAUUGUUGUUAUAUACAUUAAUGAUGUGAAAUUGAGUUCAUUUUAUUGACACUAUUUAUGAUGCAUUAUUUAAAAUAUUUGAAAAGUCGAUUAGUAUAUUAAGAAUAUUUAAUGAAAGUAAGAUUAUUGUAGAUUUUAAAUAUGGACCAUUAAUCUAAUCAUUGUAGGAGAACAUUUUGGUAAAAGUUCACAUUGAUCUCAGUUUUUCUUUUUUACAUGAAAUACAAACUUAGGAAAAUCACUUAUAAAUCUAAUUCUGAUUUUAUUUUGAGAUAAUACUUUUCAGCUGUUAAUAUGUCAUAUAUUUUCCAUUACAUACAAUAAUCUUAAAGUGCUUUAUUGUUAAUGUUAUAAAACAAAUAAUCUCCAAUUUUUACAUUAUAUAAACUUAUCCUUAAGAUAUAUUAAUGAAAGACUGCAUUAUUCAUAUUUGUAUACACUCAAUAGUAUUAAUAGUUUUUGAAUGAGUCAGUAGAUAAUUUUAAGUAAUAUCUUUAAGAUAUUCUACUUUGUAUACAAAGUGUUCAAAUGAAUAUUUAUUCUAUUAUUUAUUGUUAUGUGUAUAUAUGACCAAAAGUCAUUGUAUUAAUGAUAUAGUUUUUGUGGUAAAUUGUAAAUAAAAUAUUUGUUCUAUGCUGUCAUGUAAAGCAAAAUCAUGAAAUUAAUUUAAUUAAAAUAUUUUUAUUUA